AUGAUCCGCCUCCUCCACCCUGCGUUGUUCACUCCCUCCUUCACGUUAUUCCUUCUCGCAGGGAUAUUGACCAGUACAACUUCGGUAUUCUCACAACCGACUGGGAAUGAAUUUAUAUUCCCACCAGCGUAUGACCCGACCAACGAUUUUUAUGAAGAUAACCCGGUAUACACCGCCGGAGAGCGGAUUACUAUAAAAUGGAGGACAAACUACGAUGCUUUCAAGUUGUUCUCCAUGCAAGGAAGUGAAGUUGUCAGUUAUAGCGAGGAUUUAAAACUUGAAAGCAACGCCACCUCCUCACCCCACGCAACUUCCUACUCCUGGGAAGUAUGGACCAACAUCGAAGAUCCGCCGUAUUUACCUUUAUACCUAGUGAUUUAUAACUCAGAGGAUGAAUCGCAGAGUUUUAGGAGUAGAAGUUUUAAUAUUACGAAUGGGAAGGCGCCGGAUGGGAUUGCAUAUACAGCUACGGAAAGAGAUCCUAGCGUUAGGACUUUUAGUAUUAGUACCACAACUGUCCCUCCCACGAGAAGUACCGGAACUAUAAUAAAGGAAAAUACGGAUGCCCCUACUACGACUCCUACUUUGGCUUCUGAGGUAGAGGGAGGAAGUGGUAAUAAUAAUAACGAAGAAGGAAACGGGGGUGAUGAUGGUGAUCAUGCGUUGAAGUUGGGGUUGGGGAUUGGAUUGGGGAUCGGACUUGGGAUUCCGUUUUUGGCGGUGGUGGUGCUUUUUUCGUGUGGGGUUAUGAUUUGUAGAGCUGUGGCGUUGGAUUAUAAUCCUAGGACUGAGGGGGAGGAGGGGGAGGAAGGUGUAUCGGUGGUUGAAGAGGGGAGGCGGAGUAGGGGUAGUACUGCGGGUUCGAAUAUUAUUGGGGGGAACCAGGAUAUGGAGAAGGUGUGA